AUGGCAGCAGAACAGAGAAAGCUCCUUGAGCAGCUUAUGGGCGCUGGAGCAUCCUCUCGCGCAGCUCAGCUUUCAAUCACGGAUCCAAAGAUUUGUCGAUCUUUUCUUGUCGGUACUUGUCCCCACGACCUCUUCACAAAUACAAAGCAGGAUUUAGGGCCGUGUCCAAAGAUCCAUUCGGAACCUUUAAAGACAGAAUAUGAGACUGCAGCCCCUCCUCAAAAGCAGAAAUGGGGCUUCGAAUAUGAUUACAUGCGCGAUUUACAAAAGUAUAUCGAUGAAUGCAAUAGGAGGAUAGAUGUCGCACAACGACGCCUGGAGAAGACACCCGAUGAAAUUCGACAAACAAACGCCCUUCUCAAACAAAUAUCCGAUCUCUCAAAGUCCAUUGAGACCGGGUUGUUGGAGAUCCAAAUUUUAGGAGAGCAAGCGGAGGUAUCUCGCGCUUAUGAAGAAUUCUUCCGUAUACGGCAAGCUAUGCAGACGAAAGUGGAGAAGGAAAAAGAAUUAAAGGCACUAUCAGAUACGAGCGGACCUUCAGGACAUCAAAAAUUGCAAGUUUGUGAUGUCUGCGGAGCUUACUUAAGUCGAUUGGAUAAUGAUCGAAGGUUGGCGGAUCAUUUUUACGGAAAAAUGCACCUUGGUUACGCACAAAUGAGGAAGACAUACGAUGCAUUUCCGAAGGAGAUGAGGAGAUCAAGACCUAUGCAAGAUGAUACUGAUCAUAACUCGGCGCCAAGAGGAUAUGAUGGAGGUUAUGGCGAUGGUGGAUACGGUGGUAGGGGGGGUGGUGGAUAUGGAGGACGUGGUGGAGGAAGAGGUGGCUUUAGAGAUAAUAUCAUGGAAUCCAUAAAGAAUGCUACAGGCAUGUUCGUCCCCGAGCACACCGAUGAACAGAAGCAAAAGAUUUAUGACAAUCUUUCCGACGACCAAAAGCAAAAGCAAACGUAUACAGAAUGGGUGAAGGAGGCAUAUAACGAACAAUACGAAAAAUGGAUGCCGUGGAUUGAAGAUCAAUAUUUGAAAUGGUUCGGGAAAGGAGAUAACAAGGCAUCAUAUGCGACCAAAGAUGCCCUUAGCAAAACCAAAGUCACCGGUGUCUCACAGAUCGACCAAAUACAAGACGAUGUCCAUAACCUUAUUGGUAAUCAAUUCGGAGAGAAUGGUCUCCUAGCUCCAAUCGGAAAUCUGGCUGGAAAAGAAGGUAUAAACAGAAUGGAGCGAAAUGGAAAGGAUGAAGAUGGUUCAUACGGUGGUCCCACGUCAACCUUCAGCGAUUCAAUUAUCAAUAAUGCAAAGGGUACUGGACAAGGAGUUUUGCGGGGCGCACAGAGUGCUGGUUCUUCCCUGGCAAGUGGUGCAAAAAGUGCAGGUGGAUUCGCUGGAGGAAUGUUUGGUGGGCAGAAGGAAGAGUCAAAGGGAGAACAGUAA